AUGCCUGACUCCCUGACCGCUGCCCGCACCGACGGCAAGGCGCAUCUCCUGCUCGCCGCCUCGGGCUCCGUCGCGACAAUCAAGCUGCCGGACAUAGUCCGCGCACUGUCCCACCACCCCAACCUGUCCAUCCGCAUCAUCCUGACUUCCUCCGCAAAGCGCUUCCUCGCUGGUCAGUCCCAGGAGCAGCCAACGGUGUCCUCCCUGCUCGAGUUCCCCAAUGUAGACGCCGUCUACGACGACGACUCGGAAUGGGGCCCGGAGCCCUGGCGGCGCGGGGCCGAGAUCCUGCACAUCGAGCUGCGGCGGUGGGCGGACCUUCUCGUGAUUGCGCCCUUGUCUGCCAACACGCUGGCGAAAGUGGUGGCGGGAAUGGCAGACAAUCUACUCACCAGCGUCGUCCGUGCUUGGGACACGACGGGCAAGAUAGACGGCGUCCACAAGAAGAUCCUCGUUGCGCCAGCGAUGAACACGGCCAUGUGGCAGCACCCGGUGACGGGGCAGCAAGUGCGGGUGCUGCAGGAGGACUGGCGCUGGUUUGAGGUGCUGCCGCCGCAGGAGAAGACGCUGAUGUGCGGCGACACCGGGUCGGGAGCGAUGAUGGAGUGGACACAGAUUGUGAGAAUCAUCGAAGAGAGGUUGGAGCUGGGAAAUGCAGAAGCAAAUGGUGUUGCAGCAGUCGCAAAUAAUCUCUUUUGCCAGCUUUCUUGUGAUUCUCCGAAAACUAAUAUUUUUGGCUUUGGAUAUUCAGAUACAGUAGCGACAGGAAUCCUCGAUCAUAGUUCAGACCUCGAUUAUAAGGCAGCCAGUCCAAUUGACAUUUUGGCCUGGUUCGAACUAGGCUUACUGUCAUCAAGCCAUUCUUGUUUUUGUAUAUGGCAAAGGGAAUCGGUAGCUGGGGCAUUUUGUUACAAUACCGUACAGGUUUCGUCAGGCCUUCUGGUGCGUGCGUACUGUCAUUUUGGUUACCCCGAUACCCGACGCCGGGAAGAUCCGGCGGCGACGUUUUUGUCGCCAAUUCCCCAGCUCCGUUUGUUUUCUCUGUCUGAAGCUCCUCUCCCUUCUGAAAGCUGUGCCCGUGGCAUUGCCUCCCCCAGGACUCCGGCCGGCUCCUCCACCAUGUCCGCCUCGUCGUCUCGGGCCGCGGUGCGGUCGAUGGCCUCUCUCUCACAUGCUGCGUCGGCAGCCUCCAAGUCCAGCUCCCCCGCAGCUGCCCUGCUGGCCGUCUCCCCCACCCUCUCGCUCAAUUGCCGCCGCAGUUUCAAUCGCCGACAGUUCCAAGGCCUGUCGCAGGUCGCCCGUCUCCAGUCUCUGCAGUCUAGCAGGACUUUUGCUACCACGGCCAAGAUGGUCCCCGCAGACAAGUACUGGGGUGCCCAGACACAGCGCUCGCUGGGCAACUUCAAGAUCAACCAGCCGGGGGACCGCAUGCCCGCGCCGAUCGUCAAGGCGUUUGGUAUUCUUAAGGGUGCCGCUGCAACUGUUAACAUGAGAUAUGGCCUUGACCCCAAGAUUGGAGAGGCGAUCAAGCAAGCCGCUGCAGAGGUCGCUUCCCUCAAGCUGAUCGACCACUUCCCGCUGGUCGUCUGGCAGACCGGUUCCGGCACCCAGUCCAACAUGAACGCCAACGAGGUCAUUUCCAACCGUGCCAUUGAGAUUCUGGGAGGGAAAAUGGGAAGCAAGAAGCCGGUCCACCCCAAUGACCACGUGAACAUGUCUGCUUCGUCCAACGACUCCUUCCCAACGGUCAUGCACAUCGCUGCCGUCCUCGAGAUUGAAGGGUCUUUGCUGCCGUCUCUGAAGAGCCUGCGCAAUGCCCUCCAGGAGAAGGUCGUGCAGUUUGAGAAGAUCAUCAAGAUCGGCCGUACUCACCUCCAGGACGCUACGCCCCUGACUCUUGGCCAGGAGUUCUCGGGAUACGUCGCUCAGCUCGACCGCAACAUCGAGCGGGUUCAGAACACGCUUCCUCACCUCCGCCUCAUUGCUCAGGGUGGAACCGCCGUCGGUACCGGUCUGAACACCUUCAAGGGCUUUGACGAGCAGGUUGCCGAAGAGAUUAGCAAACUGGCUGGCACCGAGUUCAAGACUGCGCCCAACAAGUUCGAAGCUCUGGCUGCCCAUGAUGCCAUUGUCGAGGCCUCUGGCGCUCUGAACACUCUGGCUGGCUCUCUCUUCAAGAUCGCCCAGGACAUUCGUUACCUGGGUUCGGGCCCUCGCUGCGGUCUGGGCGAGCUUCUGCUGCCGGAAAACGAGCCGGGCUCCUCGAUCAUGCCGGGCAAGGUCAACCCCACCCAGUGCGAGUCUCUGACCAUGGUGUGCGCCCAGGUGAUGGGCAACCACGUCGCUACCACCAUCGGAGGCAUGAACGGACAGUUCGAAUUGAACGUCUUCAAGCCCGUUAUGAUCCGCAACCUGCUGCACAGCAUCCGCAUCCUGUCGGACGGCAUGGCCAGCUUCGAGAAGAACCUGGUUCACGGCCUUCAGGCCGAUGAGAAGAGAAUCAGCUCUCUUCUUCACGAGAGUCUCAUGCUCGUGACCUGCCUCAACCCUGUGAUCGGCUACGACAUGGCCUCGAAGGUGGCCAAGAACGCGCACAAGAAGGGCACCACCCUGAAGGAGAGUGCCAUGGAGCUCAAGGCUCUGAGCGAGGAGGACUUUGACAAGUAUGUCCGUCCGGAGCUGAUGAUCAGCCCGAAGGAGAAGAAAUAA